AUGUGGGGUCUCCUGCUCGUCUUGGCCACCUUCGCGCCUGCCGUCGGUCAGGGUCUGGGAGCGCCCGGCGCCUCCCUGCUGGGCCUUAAGCCGCUCGCGAGCACCGAGGCCCCGAUCUCUACCUCGGUCCUGCCCAGCCGUCCGGCACAGCAGCCUGCGGGGAAGAAUAACGGGACCUCACAACAGCAUGUCCGGAUUCGAAUCAUCAAGAAGAAAAAGGUCAUUUUGAAGAAGCGAAAGAAGCUAACUAGCCCCAGGCCCCUGGUGACUUCCAGACCCCUGGUGACCUCCAGGCCUCUGGUGACUUCCAGUCCUGCAAAGACCCUUAACCUCCCCAAGGAGCAAGAACCAGACUGCCCGCCUUUGGGCCUGGAGUCCUUGCGAGUUUCAGAUAACCAGCUUGAGGCAUCCAGCAGCCAGUCCUUUGGUCUUGGGCCACACCGAGGACGGCUCAACAUCCAGUCAGGCCUGGAGGACGGAGAUCUAUACGAUGGGGCCUGGUGUGCCGAGCAGCAGGACGUUGAGCCAUGGCUUCAGGUGGAUGCCAGGCGCCCCAUCCGCUUCUCAGGCAUAAUCACCCAGGGCAGGAACUCCAUCUGGAGGUACGACUGGGUCACCUCAUACAAGGUCCAAUUCAGCAAUGACAGUCGGACCUGGUGGGGGAGUAGGAACCGCAGCAGUGGGAUGGACGCGGUAUUUCCUGCUAAUUCGGAUGCAGAGACGCCCGUGCUGAACCUCCUCCCUGAGCCCCAGGUGGCCCGCUUCAUUCGCCUGCUGCCCCAGACCUGGCUCCAAGGAGGUGCAUCUUGCCUCCGGGCGGAGAUCCUGGCCUGCUCGGUCUCAGAUCCUGAACCGGCAUUCUCUGACCCCCUGGACUUUCGGCAUCAUAAUUAUAAGGCCAUGAGGAAGCUGAUGAAGCAGGUGAAUGAGCAAUGCCCCAACAUCACCCGCAUCUACAGCAUCGGAAGGAGCUACCAGGGACUGAAGCUGUAUGUGAUGGAGAUGUCGGACCAUCCUGGGGAGCAUGAGCUGGGAGAGCCUGAGGUGCGAUACGUGGCCGGCAUGCAUGGGAAUGAGGCCCUAGGGCGGGAGUUGCUCCUGCUCCUGAUGCAGUUCCUGUGCCGUGAGUUCCUGCGAGGGGACCCACGGGUGACCCGGCUGCUCACGGAGACACGCAUUCACCUGCUGCCUUCCAUGAACCCCGAUGGCUAUGAGACUGCCUUCCGCCGGGGUUCAGAGCUGGUGGGCUGGGCGGAGGGCCGUUGGACCCAGCAGAGCAUUGACCUGAACCAUAAUUUUGCUGACCUUAACACACUGCUGUGGGAAGCAGAGGAUGAUGGGCUUGUGCCCGACACUGUCCCCAACCACCACCUGCCACUGCCCACUUACUACACCCUGCCCAAUGCCACUGUGGCUCCUGAAACUCGGGCAGUGAUCGACUGGAUGGAACGGAUCCCCUUUGUGCUGAGCGCCAACUUCCACGGGGGGGAGCUCGUGGUGUCGUACCCGUUCGACAUGACGCGGACCCCGUGGGCUGCCCGUGAACUCACGCCCACCCCAGAUGAUGUUGUGUUUCGCUGGCUCAGCACCGUCUAUGCCGGCAGUAAUUGGGCCAUGCAGAACCCGGAUCGCCGACCCUGCCACAGCCAGGACUUCUCCUUACAUGGCAACAUCAUCAACGGGGCUGACUGGCACACGGUCCCAGGGAGCAUGAACGACUUCAGCUACCUCCACACCAACUGCUUUGAGAUCACUGUGGAACUAUCCUGUGACAAGUUUCCUCACGAGAACGAGCUGCCCCAGGAGUGGGAGAACAACAAAGAGGCCCUCCUCACCUACCUGGAACAGGUGCGCAUGGGCAUUGCGGGAGUUGUGCGGGACAAGGACACGGAGCUGGGGAUUGCCGAUGCUGUCAUUGCAGUGGAUGGGAUUAACCAUGACGUAACAACUGCAAGGAGUGGGGACUACUGGCGCCUGCUGACCCCAGGGGACUACAUGGUGACUGCCAGUGCUGAAGGUUACCACUCAGUGACACGGAGCUGCCGGGUGACCUUUGAAGAGGGCCCUGUCCCCUGCAAUUUUCACCUCACCAAGACUCCCAAACAGAGACUGCGAGAGCUGCUGGCAGCUGGGGCGAAGGUGCCCCCAGACCUCCGGAGGCGGCUGGAGCGGCUAAGAGGACAGAAGGAUUAA